GUAUGAGCGUGUGUUGCUCCGGUAGUGAAGACGAAGAAGCGGGACUGUCAUGGACAGAUCCAGGAGGUAGAAGCUGAUCAGACACAGACUGAACUCCGGUGGUGUUCGCUGCAUAACUGCGGGGGCUUGAUGACCAGAAGAAGCGUUAUCCCCUCCUUCAUACGAGGCUUUAUCCGGGAGGACCAGUACGGACAUGUCAAUGGAGUGUUCCCUGUCACCUCCUCCACCUGCUCCUCCUCCUCCUCCUCCUCCAGCCUCAGCAGAUAGGAAGAAGAAGCUGUAUCAGACCAUAGCCAGCAGCAGGAGUCCUGUGGAGGGAGACCACGCUGAGGCCUGCUCCCUGCUCAGCCAGAGGGACAGCAGUUUUAGGAAGGACCUGCAGUGGAUCCUGGUGAACACAUAUGUGCCUUCUCUCAUCCAAGAUGGUCCACAGUGCGGUCUGGUGGCUUUGUGGAUGGCUGCUCACCUCCGUCAGCCACGGCUGAGUGUCAACAUGGAGACCGUGGUUCAGACGGCACUGAGCAGAGGAUACACAGCACAGGGGGAAAUGUUUUCAGCUAACAACAUGGCCCUCCUGGCAGAAGAGGUUUGCAGAUGUAAGGCCGAGCUGCUUUCUGGAGGUUUGAGUGGUGACAAUGCUGCAGCCGUCGUCACACAUCUGUGGGGGAGACAGCCUGUUCUCGUCCCAUAUGAUGAGGACUACAACCAUGAGCCAUGCCAGCGCGGUGGCCACAGGGCGCACUGGGCCGUCGCCUCAGGCGUUCUCCUCGGGUUGGAUCAGGGGAGUGUGAGUGGAAGUCUCGGUCAGCCUGACCCCAGUCUUCCCUGGCUUAACCUGCCGAGCGACACCAGUUCCCCUUGUCCCGUCCGCAGCACGGGGCUCAGAGAGGUUUACGUCCUGGCUAAACAGGGUAAAAGCCUGCGCUACCAGCUGUGGAGCCUGGACAGUGUAGCUCAGAGCAACGAGCAGCUGAGGACGAUGGACCCUCAGAGAGCCAAUGACGGGACCCGGUAUGUGGUUUCUACAGGAGGUGUGGAGGCUGGGCUGGCUGGAAAGGCUGUACUGCUGCACACGAGGACACAGGAGCAGUAAUAAGAGUUUGCUGCUAUUUAAAUGAUGGAGGUAAACUGCAUUUGAGAACAUGCAGGGAACAAUUCAAAGUAAUAACGCGAGGCAUCAAAGAGGAUUCUUAUAAAGUAUGAGUGAACCUACAGUAAAUUUACAGGACUGUGAAAAAGGCUUUGAAGCUGAGUUUCACACUGUAAAUAAUUCUGUAUUUGGCACAGUGUUGAUGUAGCAUGGUUGUUGAGCCUAUUAGGGAUGGGUGAUAGGAGAACAUUUAAAAUGCUAUUGAAAAAAACCUCAGGCAGAUUUUUCUAUUGGUACAAGGCCUCAGGGGAAAAUGUUGUGGGUAAAUUAAUUGUUAAAUAAUGAUGAAUGAGAGGCUCUUGAAAUGCUGUGUGCCCUGAAGAACAAAUACUCCGUGUUACCUCAUUAUUGUUCAGCAAAAGAUCUGAUCAUGUUCUCCGACUGAAGUGCCUGUCAUGUAAACAUGACGUUUCUAUUAUUUAUUGUCCUGCAUAGUACAUAACAUUAUGUAUUAAUUGCACAUUGCAAAGCUCACAGUGGUGUAGUCUCUGCGUCAAUCCAACGCAGGAGUCAUGUCUGACACAUGCUCUAAGUGGUUCAACUAGUUACGAAAGAAUGAGGCUGACCAAUCGGCACUGCAGCUGAACGAUAUGAGAUAAAUAAUGUGUAUUUUGAACAUAACACCAUGUGAAGCUGUUUAGGUAGACCUCCUAAAUUGAAAUGUGAUGUUAUGACAGUGCAAAUGGGCAAAAUAUGAGUAUUUUAAUCACAAUAAAUUACUUAUAAAGUGAAAA